AGAAGAAGACAGAUUCAUGCCAAUUGCCAUUUCUUUUAGCUUCCUCUCUGUCUCCUAACCAAUCCCAAUCAAGACCAGAAGAAAAAAAAAGGGGGUAAUUUUUAAACUAUAAGAAAUGUCAGUUUGUACAGUGUACACCAUCCAUUACUCCCCUUUCCGCCGGAAUCCCUGUCUUUCGGCCGGCGGGAGGAUUCCGGUCACUACUUCCUGCUCUGCCUCUCCGACGCCAGACAGCGGCGGGGGCGGGGGCAGAGCAGCCGGGAACAAGACGGUGGUGAUCGGAGUGGCGGCGGACUCGGGGUGCGGGAAGAGCACGUUCAUGAGGCGGCUGACGAGCGUGCUGGGCGGCGGGGCGGCGGCGGCGCCGAGGGGAGGGAAUCCGGACUCGAACACGCUGGUGAGCGAGACGAUGACGGUGAUAUGCCUGGACGACUACCACUCGCUGGACCGGAAAGGGCGGAAGGAGAAAGGGGUGACGGCGCUCCACCCGGCGGCGAAUGACUUCGACCUCAUGUACGAUCAGAUUAAGGCUCUGAAGGACGGGAAUCCGGUGGAGAAGCCGAUCUAUAAUCACGUCACCGGUCUUCUUGAUCCUCCUGAACCCAUUCUUCCUCCCAACAUUCUUGUCAUUGAAGGCCUCCAUCCCAUGUUUGACGCCCGAGUGAGAGAACUCUUGGACUUCAGUAUCUAUCUAGAUAUCAGCAAUGAGGUCAAAUUUGCAUGGAAAAUCCAGAGAGACAUGGCAGAAAGAGGACACAGCCUUGAGAGCAUUAAAGCCAGCAUUCAAGCUAGGAAGCCAGACUUUGAUGCCUACAUUGACCCGCAAAAACAACACGCGGACGUGGUGAUAGAGGUGUUGCCGACACAGUUGAUCCCGGACGACGACGAGGGGAACGUGUUGAGGGUGAGACUGAUAAUGAAAGAGGAAGUGAGACAUUUCAGCCCGGUUUACCUCUUUGACGAAGGGUCUACCAUCUCUUGGAUCCCUUGCGGUAGAAAGCUCACUUGUUCAUAUCCCGGCAUCAAGUUCUUCUACGGACCCCACACCUACUUUGGCCACGAGGUGUCGGUGUUGGAGAUGGAUGGGCAGUUUGAUAGAUUGGAUGAGCUGAUAUACGUCGAGAGCCAUUUGAGCAACAUGUCAACAAAGUUCUAUGGUGAAGUGACACAGCAAAUGCUGAAGCACGCCGACUUCCCAGGGAGCAAGAACGGGACCGGCUUCUUCCAAACCAUUGUCGCGUUCAAGAUCAGAGACCUCUAUGACCAGAUCAUCACCAUUAAUGCCAACAGCCCUUCCUCCUCCUCUGCUUCUCCUGUUGUUCAAGCUAUGGCCUGAUCAUCAUUCAUAUGUGUCUAUAUAUAUAUAUAUAUAUAUAUAUAUAUAUAUAUAUAUAUAUAUAUAUUAUUCACUUGUCAACUUUCUCUCUUUCUCUGUAAUAUAAAUCCUUCUUGUUCCCACUUGAUGAGAAGGUUAAGUGUUUUCUAUAAAUUUAUAUGAGAGAGACAAUCCAUCCAUCCAUGUGAUUGUAUGUAUUUUGUGAUGCAUCUUGUUGUAGUUAUAUAUGGCAUUUAAGGCAAAAGGGAAUUAAGUAUAUAUGUCCCAAAACAGAAAAAAUAAAACAGUUGUCUAUAU